AAAGACAAAUGGCUGCGCAAUGUAUGCCGACGCGGAGAGUUUACUAUAGGACAUAGCAUUACCUAUUGCUGAGCUACAACAGCUGUUCACAAGGGGAAGCCACUCUGCUGCGAUCAGUGAGCGGCGCUGUCCGUGACUGCCAUGUCGGCCGAUGCUGCCCCGGCCGGCGGCUCGGGCGCGGGCGAGGGAGCCGACGAGGGCACCGUGCAGCUGACGGUCAAAUGGAGCGGCCAGGAGCUGCCGGUGCGCCUGCUGGCCACCGACACGGUGGCCGACCUGCGUGACGCGCUGUGUCUGCAGACGCGCGUGCUGCCCGCCCGCCAGAAGCUGCUGAACCUGAAGGUGGGCGGCCGGCCGGCGCCCGACUCGGCCGAGCUCGGCGCGCUCGCCCUCAAGCCCGGCGCCAAGAUCAUGAUGAUGGGCAGCCCGGAGGAGGCGAUCGCGGCCGCCAACGAGGUGCCCGAGGGCGCCGGCGCCGUCAUGGACGACUUUUUCGACGAGGAGGGCGAGGUGCCGGUCCACCUGCGGCCCGAGUACAUCGCCAAGGUGGAGCGCCGCGUGCGCGACUACAAGGUGGAGAUAAAGAACCCGCUGCGUGAGGGCAAGCGUCUGCUGGUGCUGGACAUCGACUACACGCUGUUCGACCACCGCAGCGUGGCCGACUGCGGCGCGCAGCUGAUGCGGCCCUACCUGCACGAGUUCCUGACGUCCGCCUACCGCGACUACGACAUCGUCAUCUGGUCGGCCACCUCGAUGCGCUGGAUCGACGAGAAGAUGAAGCUGCUGGGCGUCAGCAAGCACCCCGACUACAAGAUCGCCUUCCACCUGGACAACCUGGCCAUGAUCACGGUGCACACGGAGCACUACGGCGUCACCGAGUGCAAGCCGCUGGGUGUCAUCUGGGGCAAGUUCCCCGACACGUCGCCGCGCAACACCAUCAUGUUCGACGACGUGCGCCACAACUUCCUGAUGAACCGGCAGAGCGGGCUGCGCAUCAAGGCGUUCCGGCAGGCGCACCAGAACCGCGACAAGGAUGUGGAGCUACUGCUGCUGGCGCGCUACCUGCGCUCCAUCGCGCAGCUGGACGACUUCAGCACGCUGCGCCACCGGGACUGGGAGCGCUACCUGGAGAAACACCCGCCCCCGGACCCCUGAGACGGCGCUAGUAGGCCAGGCGGGGUGGCGACGGUGCACGGCGGCGAUGCCGCAUUUCCAGUGUUCGUGGAUUCUCAGCCCAGCCCACCAGUUCACCAUAUCACUUACCGAGCCGACCUCUGCCUGGGGUCGGCUGCCGCCGGCUCUACUGAUCGCCGGGGGCGCCCCUCCCCUAUCUGUGGCUGUGGUGAGAUGUGACCGACGUAGGGGACAGUGCCGAGGGUGAUAACUAUUGUGCAGAGGGCGAGACUCUGUUGGACCGGGACCGGUGGUAGACGGAGACGGUAGAUCGGUGCACGGUGGCAUCCGUCCAUGAGUUUACCGGGACAGAGUGCUCGCUGACAGACGUGACAAAGUGCUCGCUGACAGAGGUGACAGAGCUGAGGGCGGCCGCUGCACCCACGCCGGCCGAGUGGCGAUAGACCACGACUGGACGGUACGACUCUGCCGUACCGAACUCUGCCGGUCGGCGGCGCCACUCCGCGGCGCGGGCCGCCGCAGCGCUACUGUGUCGUUAUACAAGUGUACGCUGUUGUAAAUGUCUUGAUCCGUGAUGCUGUAAAACCUGGUUGUGGGCUACGUCGGAUGUUGUCGCACAUAAUGUACUGUCAUUUGACAUUUUCAUCCAAGAAUUGUCAUCGUUGCUGGAUGUUUUUGACUAUUCCACAGGUUGUAUAUUGAUGUUUAUCAGUAUCUCGUAAUUCAGCUUGCGUCAAACGCAGGAUGCGCGUCCCUCACAUUUUAUCAGUUGGCCGUAAUACAGUGUGAAAAUGUC